CUGCGGCGUCCUUAUAGGCUACUACCUUGAGAAAAAGGAUGGGAAAACCGUACAAAACCAGUUUCCAGGUCAACUCGGGGUUAGACCCGCUGAAGGCGACCCUCGUUACGCUCUUGAACGCGCUCGCUUUGAAUCCCGCCACCACCUGCAUACAAAACUGACGCGCGUGUUUGGAGAUCGUGUGUAUGGAAAGUGCUGACGCGUUUGAUCGUUUCGUCAGCGGUUUGACGUGUAGACUGCUGAGGGAUAUUUAUUACUCUUAAGGACUUUUUAAGGACGCUAAUAUUUCAUUUACGCGGAAACACUUUCUUGGGAGACGGAUUUGGAUUUUUUUUUGUAUGUUUUCUAAUGAAAAACGUCGUGUAUUAAUCUACGACAGCCUGCUGAGGGAUAUUUAUUACUCUUGACGAUUUUUUAUGGACGCGAUAUCAUCGCAAGAUGUUGUUAUUUUGAAAACCAGAAUGUUUGAAAAUGUUUCGAAUAGUUAAUAUCGCAGACAUGUUUAGUUAUCCUCAAAUCUCGGAUAGCUGCACCAUUUUCCAUUUACUAAGUACUAAUAUUUGCUUGCAUUUUGUCUCAUUGAACGAGGAAAUCAGAAUUAUUUCCUCAGAAUACAGACUAUGAUCAUCGCAAUCCCGUGUAAAACUAUUUCUCUGAGAACGUCCUUGCGUUCUGACUAUUAUGAGAUAUAUUCAUUUCAACGACGUGUUUGACGUAUUACAGGAUAAGUGAAGUGCUGCUUCUUGCGACUUUAUGUGGACGCGAACGAUCGUCUUAUACGUGGAAAUUCUUUAAAUUUUGGAAUUUUCUGAAUAGAAAACGGCGCACGAAUUAUUUAUAGUCAAAGCUCUUAUAUUGCAGCAUUUUCAUUUACAAAACAUGUAUCUCAUUUAACAAGCGAAUGCCUUUUGUUUAUGUGGAAAUAACGCAACUGAAUUUGGAAAUGUCCUUGAAAGUCGUAUUUAUUUAUGUAUCAAUCAUUUUAGCGUUCGGUCCAAAUUUCUCUCUUACUAAACCAGGGAAAUCUAUGUUGCACUGAUGCAUGAGGAAACUGCUAUCCUCAUUUGGAUAAACUGAACGUUACGAGACUUCACAAGAGUUUGGCGCAACUACAUCCACCGGUGAUGCCGGAGGUCACUUCCACCAGAAGUGAUAAGCUAACAUCCAAAGGCAUAAUGUUUUUAUGCAACACCACAGCCAUCAAGGACUGGAGUUAUUUUCUCUCUCAGAUCUUGCCUCUUGUGAAUAAAUCAGCGGGAUUUGUUCAGGACCGAGUGGAGGCUGUUACGAGCACCAUGGUGACGGCUCUGGAGCCCGAUCUGACCGGGAUGAGCGCUAGUCACCCGCCGCUCAACUCCAAUCACACGUCCGGGACGGAGCACGUCUUUCAGUACUCGUACUCGGAGAGUGACCUGCAGUACACGGACUACAGGACCCCGCCGAGGGACUCGAUACCGCUGCCCAAGGCGGUGCUGUACCUGGUCAUGGCCGCGCUGGUGGUGGUGGCCGUGGCGUACGCGAUCGUGGGGCACCUGGUGAAGGAUCUCGUGCAUGAGUGUUUGGAGUGGGUGUUUGGGCCUCGUUCAGACGACCGCAGGAGCAAGAGCGAGGUGAACUGCAUCAGCAGCAGCGUGAAUGAAAUGAGCGAACUCUCUCGUGCGGUGGACAUCGUGUACAAUCACUCCGACCCCCCGAACACCGUCAGACCGGAAGAGCUGGUGGUCACCAUCGACGAGACAUCGCAGCUCCCUCGUGAAGCUUACAGUGGAACCUAACCGAGAACAACAACCACGCUUUGAUGAUCCAGCCCUUUAUUACGAGGAAGAAAAGCAUGUUUGCUUCAGCUUGAUCGGCCUCCGCGAGCCGCUAGUGAAGUCAAACGGCCUUUGGUGGUCAUGAUCAGGAAAACUGAGGAAGUAAGGAAUCACGAUAUUACAUGUGAGACACUAAAUAUCCUCAAACUGAAUUUGAACAUGAGAGAGGAGAGACUCUACUUUAUCAUAUCAGUCUUAUUUUUCUUGUUUUGUGGAGACAUGCACUGUGAAUCUAGAAUAGUCUUCUGCUGUUAUCCAUUUCCGACUCUACAACCCACUUUGGUUUGAUUUUCCCACUUUUCGCAGAUAUUUAUGGCCAGGCUGAGUACUUUGGGCUGCGUUUAAGUAUUUUGAGAAUACUUAUAUUUUACUCACUUUCAGGUUUUCUAUAAGUGAUUAUGCUGCUUAGAAACAGAAAUACUUUGAGAUCUGCUCACUACGGGGUUGAUGGUUUAGAUAUAUAGCCCUUGAUGAAAAAAAAAGAUCACAAAUGGCGAAACAAUACUGCAGAUGUGUUUUAUUUUCAUCUAGCAGAUGGAGGGAGACACUAUACACUUCUCACUGAAAAUAUAUAUGUAAAUGAAAGGAAACAGCAGUUAAAUACACUUAUACGUGGUUUUAUACAUUGAAAAAUGAUCUAUAAAGAAUCAUAUCUCUGUUUACUUCACAACUAAGGGCUAUAAUUUCAGAUCAUCUUAACGAAGCUUUAGAUCAUCUGAGUAUCAUAUUUUUAAACAGAUUUUCAAAACUGGCAAAAAGAAAAAAAUAUCAUUAAAAAAUAAGAUUGAGACAGUAGACUGAAGGCUUUGUCCACUUCUGCUGUUCAUACAUUUUCAGUUAAGGUGAAAAAAAAUAACUUUAGGCAAUUUUCCUGGUUAUCACAUUAACUUAUUUUCACCUUUGCUGCCAAAUUGUAAUUGUUUUCUCACUUACAAAAAAAAAAAAAAAAA